AGUGAUACUGACACCAAAAAAUUUCUUUUUAAAAAAUGAAUCUGCAUCCAAACCUACCUAUGGGUCAUGUUGACCAUUUUUUCCUGAAUGUUCUGUGUCUCUAAGUAAAUCUUACUGAAGUUCCUGGCCCCGACUGUCUGACAGCCCGACUGUUUCUUCUCUAGCUGUCUGUCAGAAGUGGAGCUUUCUGACGUCACAAACUGGUAGGAGCCUCCCCUUACACAUUCCCUUCCUUUGAGCCAGCAUCUGUACCUGACCCUCACAUGUGACCUUUUUCUUUUCCUUUCCGGAUCCCUUUGAUGUUUAACUGGUCCGUCUGCUGCCUGUGAGUUUUAUUUCACCUUAGCCGUUUCCUAUCCUCACUGGGCUCUUCGUCCCUCUCCCUCGCCCCCCCCCCCCUCGAGCAUGGAUAACUAAUGCAGGCAGGCUUGUGCGCUCCGUUAACUGCCUGCUUCAGGACUCUUCCCCUUACACGUAAUUGCAGGACCUUGCAAUUGGAUGAUUCCUUUCCUGUUUUUUUUUCUGAAGAAAGAGAAGAGGAAAGAUGGCUGCCCUAUUAAACUUUAGUUGAUAUGCUCGUUCUGCUUGCAACUGUGAAUUCCAGGGGAACAUACUGGAAAUUGGUGAAAUCAUUCAGAUAGAAGAUGAUCUUCAUGCAUGUUUAACAGUCAAAUGUGAUUUGAAUGGAACAACUACGCACCCAUGCUAUAUGACCACUACAGGUAUUACAGCACUCCAUAUAACAUCUUCAGGAUUUUCAAAAAAUGUUACAGGUUCUGCAAAAGUUUCAACAUCUGCAGUUUCUUCUAAAGUAUCUGCCUCCACUACACACCACACAAGUCUAUCAUCAUUAGAACAGCCUUCUACAGUUUUAACAUCUUCCAAUCCAGUGGCUUCAAUAGCAAUAUCCUUUGGAUUUGCAACAUCUUCUAGAGGGCCUUUGAAACAUCCAACACAAACUCCAUCAGUAUCUACAGGUACCACUGCAGUUACCUACACAACUGCAGUAUCCACUAUUGAACCUACACAUCAAGAGCAAUCCAGUUUGUUUACUAAAAUUAUUGGUUCAUCUUUUAUAACAACUCAACUAGCAAAAUCCCCCAGUAUUCCCUCUAGAACAUCAGGACCUUCUAUCUUUUCAACAUUAAUAACCACUAUGUCCCCAACUGCCAUACUUUCAGCAUCUACAUUGUCAACAGCAGAAAAAUCCAGUGUUUCACAUUCAACUUCACCAGCUAGAUCAACGAUUUUUACAACUCAUCUUCCAUUAAAAUCCACUGCAGCUCUGACAAAAAUAUCAGCAUCUUCUAAAAGGCACACAAGUUUUGUAACUAAAACAACAGAAGCAUCUACUCUAGCAACUACUAUUACUGUUGCUGAAUCAUCUAUACCUUAUAGAACUUCGAAAAUGUCAACACUGUCUUCAACUACCUCUUCAGGUCCUUACACAACAUCUGCAGGAGUUGCAAAAACUCCAACAGGUCCCUCUAAAGUUUCAACCUCUACAGUUUCUUCUAAAGCGCCAACUUCCUCUAUACUAACCUAUGAAGGUAUAACAUCACCUGGACAACCUUCCACAGUUGUAACAUCUUCCAGUGUUGCAAGUUCACCAGUAGAAUCCUCAAGAACCACAACAUCUACUAGAGGGCCUUUGAAACAUCCGACACAAACUCCAUCAGUAUCCACAGGUCCCACUGCAGUUACCUACACAACUGCAGUAUCCACUAUUGAACCUACACAUCAAGAGCAAUCCAGUUUGUUUACUAAAAUUAUUGGUUCAUCUUUUAUAACAACUCAACUAGCAAAAUCCCCCAGUAUUCCCUCUAGAACAUCAGGACCUUCUAUCUUUUCAACAUUAAUAACCACUAUGUCCCCAACUGCCAUACUUUCAGCAUCUACAUUGUCAACAGCAGAAAAAUCCAGUGUUUCACAUUCAACUUCACCAGCUAGAUCAACGAUUUUUACAACUCAUCUUCCCUUAAAAUCCACUGCAGCUCUGACAAAAAUAUCAGCAUCUUCUAAAAGGCACACAAGUAUUGUAACUAAAACAACAGAAGCAUCUACUCUAGCAACUACUAUUACUGUUGCUGAAUCAUCUAUACCUUAUAGAACUUCAAAAAUGUCAACACUGUUUUCAACUACCUCUUCAGGUCCUUACACAACAUCUACAGGAGUUGCAAAAACUCCAACAGGUCCCUCUAAAGUUUCAACCUCUACAGUUUCUUCUAAAGCGCCAACUUCCUCUAUACUAACCUAUGAAGGUAUAACAUCACCUGGACAACCGUCCACAGUUGUAACAUCUUCCAGUGUUGCAAGUUCACCAGUAGAAUCCUCAAGAACCACAACAUCUUCUAGAGGGACUUUGAAAAAUGUUACUUCAGCAGUAUCCACAGUUCCCACUAAAGUUAUCUACAGUACUGCAGUAUCCUCUGUUGUGCCCUCAACUCUAUGGCACGCGAGUAUUGAGACAAAAGUUAUCAGCUCAACUGCUACAACAACCAGUCAUGUGAAAUCCUCCAGUAUUCCAUCUACACACUCAGAAGCUUCUAUACAUUCAACAGUAACUUCCAAAAUUCUCCCAACUACCAAAGAAACAUUAAAAACUUCAUCCACUCCUAAAGAGUUCUCCAAAAUAUCAACAUCUGCAUUUUCCACAGCAAAACAAUCCAGUGUUUCAAGUUCAAUUCCACUUACAGCAUCCCUUGAAACCUCAAAAGUUUUUAAGUCAUCAACUGGAUCAACUUUUUUAACAACUUUUGCUCCAUUAAAAUCCACUGUAGAGCUUUCAAAAACAUCAAUAUCAUCUAAAAGGCAGUCCAGUACUGUAUCUAAAACAACUGGGCCAUUCACUGUUGCAACUAGUGUUGCAGAAUCCUUUAGUAUUUCAGUAAUACCAUCUCAUGCUACGAAUAUUACUAUUACAAAACAUCCUUAUAUAACAUCUGUAAAAUUUUCAAAACCUACAACAGGUCCUUCCAAAGUUUUAACAGCUGAAGGUUCUUCUAAAGUACCUUCAUCUUCCAUACAAGCUUACAAAAGCCCAUCUUCAUCACAGGAAGCUUCAUCUAUUAGAACAACUAGUCUCGCAAAAUCCCCAAGUGCUGCAGCUAGAUCAUCAGGACCUUUAACAUUUUCACGCUCAAUCCCACCAUCCACUCCUGCACUAUUUUCUAAAGUUUUAGAAUCACCAUUUUCAACAACAGAACAAUACAGUGUUUCUAGCUCAACUUUGCUUACAGAAUUCCCUGGUAAAACUUCAGAAGUUUCAAUAUCACCAUCAUCACCAGCAAAAACAACGCUUUCAAAAUCAUUCAGUGUUAUUUCAGAGACUUUCAAAAGUUCAGCACUUCUUUCCAAAGGCUCCACAUCUCCUGAAAAAGCCAUUACAAUUUCACCGACCCUGAAAACUUCCAAAGUUUCAUCUUCCCCUUUAGUACACACAACUACUGGAACUAAAACGACAGGAUAUUUUUUAUUGACAACUACUCAUGUAAAAGCACCCACAGCUUUAACAAUGACUUCAAAACUUUCUAUGGCUUCAAUAUUUCCUUCAAAAGGCCCACUAACAACUGAAAAAGUUUCAGUUACAUCUUUAAGACCCUCUAAAGACUCAGCAUCUGCAUUUAUAACAGUUACAACAACUGCAAAACCAACCAUAGCUAUUUCUCUUGCAAAAACAUCUAGUGCUCAAAAUACCACUUCAGGAAUUCCUUCCAUAAAAUCUACAAUUUCAGAAAAAUUAUCUGGAUUUACAACAAUAGCUACAAGAUUGCCCACUAAAGAAACUAACUAUACAAAAUCCUCUAGUUUCCCUUCUUCAUCUGCAGAGACAUCCUUGUCUCAUGAAGUGACUUUUGAAGAAUUAACAAAAGAACCAAGUGAGAGUCUUUCUACAACAAAAAAAAGUGAACUUCAAACUGAGCAUGAUUUUGGACAAUAUACAUCAACCUUAACCAUUACAUCUGGAAAGUCUGAUGCUAUUCAGAAACCUUCUUUUUCAAAAUGUGUCAAUAUUACAUGUUCUAAAAAUGGCGAACUCAAUGUGGAAACUGUAAAAUGUCCUCAGCUGCUAGAUGUAACUUGCAAUGAUGGAAAGCCACCUAUGAAGAUAUAUGACCAAGAUGGCUGCUGCUACUUUUAUGAAUGCAGAUCUUGUGUGGGGUUCAAUGGGCAAAAACGAAAUCUUGGAGAAACCUGGACAGAACAUUGCCAAGAAUGCACUUGUGAUAAGAAAACAGCUACGAUUAUCUGCAUGCCCACUGAAUGUCCAGAGCUUGACUACAGUAAAUGUGAUAAACCUUGGUUGGAACCUUUCGUACUUCUGACUGAGAAAGAUCGUUGCUGUGGAAGCAUUGAAUGCCGUUGUCUACCUUUACAAUGCAACACAACACUAGGAGACUGCCCAUUAGGCUACGCACAUGUUAACACCUCUGCAGAUGAUUGUUGUAUUACCUAUGAAUGCAGGCCAAUGAAUGUGUGUUUGGUUGAAGGAGCUGUGUACCAGGUUGGGAAUUCUGUAUGGACCUCAGCAUCUUGUCAAAACUGUGAAUGCACAGAUAAAAAGGACCCUGAGAGUGGAUUUAAUAUUGUUGAUUGUUAUCCGAUCCUAUGCGCAAUAUUUUGUCCACAAGGAUUUUAUUACCAAGAAUCAAGCAAUAGUUGCUGUGGACAGUGUGUGCAGGUGUCUUGUCCUGUAAAAGAUGCAAACGGAACUGUUUAUUUAAUACAGCCUGGGGAAACACAUGUACUCUCAAAUGAUAACUGUACCCAUCACACAUGUGAGAAUAUUGAUGGACUGUUAGUGACAUCUACUCAGAAGCAAAUUUGUCCUGAGCUCAAUGAAGAGGAAUGUGAGCCUGAUUCAGUAAUGAAAGGGCCAGAUGGCUGCUGUAAUAUUUGUAGAGUUCCCAAGACUUGCAGAGUUCAAACAAAACAAACUUUAAUUUCUUAUAAAGGCUGCAGUGCUAACGUGACGCUUUCAUACUGUAAAGGGGCAUGUCUAAGUUUUGAAGAGUUCUCAUUGGACAAACUAAGUAUGAACAGGACUUGUGGGUGCUGUCAGGAACUUGAGGCAGAGGAACAGAAUAUUGAUCUCACCUGUUCUGACGGAGAAAGCAAUGUUUCCUUCAAUUUCACUACUGUAAGAAGAUGUGGCUGUACCAGCGCCGAGUGCACUCCAUUAAACCCCACAGUCCUAUAUCAAACCCCCUAAUUUAUUAGUUAGAAGAGGACACUGUUACAUGAUACAACUGUCAGUUAAAAGCUUGCUAUAAAGUAACAUGAACCUUUUUACUAUCCCUGUGUUAAUCUAGAAUAAAAGCCGUUUAACUACCUGCAUGUUUAAAUAUGUUACCUUUAGAUAAAUUUAGGAAUAAUCUGAUUCUAAAAAGCUUGUUAACAGUUUAAAUUAAUAGUAAAUGCAUACUUACAGAGACCAUCUAAAUAAAAAGGUACUAGCUUUUA